AUGGAAAGCGUCCGUCUGCUCGGAGAACGAAUCGUCGAGGAAUUGGGUCCUGUGGCCAGGUAAGAAAAGUAAUUUUGAGCGUUUUAAUCGAUUCUUUCGCCAAUUUUAAAUAUUUUUAUUGGAUUUUACGGAAAUUAUUUUUUUAUGAAUUACAAAGCAAUGUUUUAGAGUAAAAUAUUGUUGAAUUUCAAAAAAAAAAUUUUUUUUGAUGCAUGAUUUACUUCAAACUCCAAAUUUUAAUCAAUUAUUUUUAAAAUUUUCAGUGGCUUGGAGCAUCUGGUGUCCAAUAUAACCCUGAUUAAUCGAAACGAGUCAGAUGUUGUGCAGAAAGAAUUUUAUGAACUUUUGAGUAGAGAGCCCGGCGUUGACGACAUUCUCGCCAAGUAAGUAUGUGUUUGCAAAAAGUAUCUUCUUAUUGUUAGAAAUCAUCUUCUUUUUUUGUAAUCUCUUGCGCAAUUUUUUUGGACUUUCGUUGAAUUGCGGGGGAUUGGAAAAAAUAAACGGUCAAGGGUUUUUUCAAGAGAGAAUGAGGAGCAAAUUAAUAAUAAUAUUAGUUUGAGCUCUUUUUUAUUUUACACUUGAUAUCCGAAGGUAUUAUUUUAGGCAUGAACUCCAACUGAUGCAGAUCCGUGAUAUGAACCAGGAAUGUAUCCGAAUGGCCAAUAUGGCCAGCACACGGAUGAGUGCCUUCCAACAGAAUAUGAAUGAAGAUUGGGAGAAUGUUCGUCAUCUCUCGGAAUGGACAAGGAAUCGCAAGAAACUGGAAUCCACACUGGAAUCGAUGAGAAAAGAAGCAGUAGAACUGCAUCAUUACUUUUUGCAAACUCAGCUUGCCAUGGAAGCACUGGAUCGACUAGUCAAAACACAAUAA